CUUAUAGUCACCCUGUCGUCCCAUAGGAGAACGCAUAGGAUGCUGGUGUUGCACACAUAUUUAUUGCGACGAAAGGAGAGUUCCCAAGUCUGAACAAUGAACUUGAAGGUCCACCGUCCGCUGCGCAUCGCCAUUCUCGAAUGCGACACUCCGCUGCCGGAAACCAAGAAGAAGUACCAGGGCUACGGUGGCGUCUUUGAAUUCCUGCUCCGCGCUGGAGCCAGGGCCUUGAACAGGCCCGACUUGGAUCCCGAGACAGGAUUCGAGUUCUCGAGAUGGCAGGUUGAACUGGAGCCGGACAAGUACCCGGACCCUUCGACAAUCGAUGCUAUCCUGAUUACAGGUUCCAGACACGACUCCUUCGCCGAUACGCCAUGGAUCAACAAGCUGGUCGAGUUCACCGCAAAGGUGCUCACUGAGACCAGUGUUCGUGUCAUUGGCGUUUGCUUCGGCCAUCAGAUUGUCGGUCGGGCUCUGAAGGCUGAAGUUGGACGGAACCCUCAGGGAUGGGAGGCGGCGGUGAAUGAUGUUGAACUGUCACCCCGAGGAAAGGAGAUCUUUGGAGUGGAUAAAAUAAGCCUUCACCAGAUGCAUCGGGAUUGCGUCUUCUCGUAUCCCGAAGGCGUUGAAAAACUGGGCUCGUCACCAGUGUGCGAGGUCCAGGGCAUGUAUGUGCCCAAGAAGCUAUUCACGGUCCAGGGACAUCCGGAAUUCAACCAGGAGAUCAUGACCGAGAUCAUCAACACGAGACACGCCACCGGGAUCUUCGACGACAAGGCGUUUGAGGAGCAUAUGGGUAAAGUGGCCUUGCAUCACGACGGACUCGUUGUCAGCCAGGCCUUUUUGAAGUUCUUGUUGGAGUGACUGUGAUCGUGUGGUUUGCAUUCGCAUUUUGGAGGGUGCAUAUGUUUGAUUCUUGAUCAUUAUGCCGCAUCGCAUAGAAGUUUGGUUGGAUCAUUGACAUCAGCAUCAUAUGCAGAGGGUUUCUAGAAUUGGUACAAUCACACCAGACAAUAUGCACCAUAAACCUCAACUUCGGUUCCACUGAAUGCGCCAUCGGGCCACAGCCACAAUACACCUCUCCUACAAGGCAUUUUUCGCUCCAUCAUAAAACAAUCAUUUACUCCUCACAGCACCAGCACGUUUACAGUCGAACAGAAAUCACGAUACCAUCCGAUCAGCAUCGGCCGCCCCAGCAGGUAUCCUCCCCUCCGCGAGAUCUUUCUCAAUCCUCGUAAUCUCCGCAAGACUCUUUGCAUUCUUAAUCAUCUCCUGCACCC